GUAGCAUCCCGAAAGUCUCGUACAGUAGCUUCGGGCAAAGAGACCUACCUAAUAGAGAUCUAUAUAAGUAACUAUCUCGCCCCCGUCCUCCAACUCCAUAGUGUCAGCACCACGAUCAUCGUGAAGACAACAACACAAUGGCAUCCCCAGACGUACAACUCCCCACCAGCGUUCCGAACCUAGCGGCCACUGGCCUCUCGGCGGCGCCCUCGGUCUCUCUUCCCCAUGAUGUAGACACCGUCCUUAAUUACUUUAAGCCUAACGAGGAUGGCUCCCCACCGGAGCCUACAUACACGGACAAGCCGGAAACAUAUGAGAGGCCAACAAGCCCCCACCCAAUUCACAUCACCGACGUCUCGGGCCGAGAGAACGAGUACACUCUCGACAAGAACGGUUUCCAGUACCACAAGCACGUAGCCCAGGAGAAGGAUUUCGCGGACGAUGAGCAUAUCAAGGCCGUCUAUUACCCCGAGACUGAGCAGCUGCUCAAGGAUGUCACUGGCGCGUCUAAGAUCUUCAUUUUCGACCACACCAUCCGCCGCCAACCUAAGGACGCUCGCGCCGCCGCUAACCCCGACGCACGCCGUGCUCUACGGGGUCCCGUAAACCGUGUGCACAUCGACCAGACGUACUCCGCAGCUCUAUCCCGCGUGCCGCACCACCUACCCGCCGAGGAAGCCUCCGAGCUUCUCAAGGGGCGCGUGCAGAUUAUCAACGUGUGGCGACCCAUCAGCACCGUCCUCCGCGACCCCUUAGCAAUCGCAGAAGCGCACUCCGUCUCCGAGGCCGAACUCGUGCCCAUCCCGCUCAUCUACCCCAACCGCAAGGGCGAGACCUUCGCCGUCCGGCACGCAGACAGCCACCGCUGGUACUACAAAUACGGUCUCACUCCGCAAGAAGUGUUAUUCAUCAAGUGUUUCGACUCCAAGACCGACGGACGCGCUCGCCGAGUCCCGCAUACCGCUUUCUCGGACCCGACUACACCUGCCGAUGCCCCGUCGCGUGAGAGUAUUGAAGUACGUGCUUUGGUUUUCCACCCGGAUGAUCGAGAUUAAGUGUGCGAUCGCUGAAAGUGGAUAUGUUGAAAUGAGAUAUAUGAACACGGAAGUGUACGCUAUGGCAAUGAUAUUAUGUACUUAUGUACACUUAGGUAGUGAAGAUGGAGGAAUAUAGAGGGUAGAUUGUCACAUUAUAAGAAUGUAUACGAC